UACUUUUCACUCACUCUGUUUCCUCUUCUUUUCACUGUAAAGUUGUUAGAUUGGAAACCUGAAAUGUAGAAUGUAAAGGGUUCUUUUUCUUUUGAUCCCUGGGAGAAGAUGAAGGAAGAGUCGAUUAUAUUAGGGUUCUGAAGGUUCUUGAGAUACUCUUCUUGGCAUGUGAAGAUAGAUAUGUAAAACAAGUUGGACAAAGAACAACUGAGUGACCCUGGGUUGAGUGAAAAAAUGGUGGUGGGAACCUUCAAACUAAACUAUGAAGAAAGCAUGGCAAUGACUCCCUUUUUUAGUCAACAGGGAAUGCCAAUGCUAAUUGGCAACUUUUCUGCCGCUUGGCGCCUAUAAAAACUUGCUGGGAAUCAGAUGCUUAGAAAACGUGAUAUUGUUUUUAUGCCAUGAAUUUCGGCAACAGAUCUGUAUGCUAUACAUUUUUUUGGAGAAAAUUUGAUGAGUACACACUAAUUCACAAUGUGUUUUUAACAAUCUUGUACACUUAUAGCAGCCUUUCGAGUGAACUUUUGUAUCAAAGAAAUGAAUCCUUAUUCUUAUC